UUGCAGAUUGAGUUUAACAAGGAGGAGCUGGAAGAUUACAGGGAGGCUUUUCAGCUCUUCGACCGGGUUGGGGACGGCAAGAUCCAGCUAAGCCAGUGUGGGGACGUGCUGCGGGCCCUGGGCCAGAACCCCACCAAUGCCGAGGUCAUGAAGGUGCUGGGGAACCCCAAGAGCGAUGAGCUGAACUCCAGGCGGGUGGAGUUCGAGCAGUUCCUGCCCAUGCUGCAGACCAUCGCCAAGAACAAGGACCAAGGCACCUACGAGGACUACGUGGAGGGGCUGCGGGUCUUCGACAAGGAGGGGAACGGCACCGUCAUGGGGGCCGAGCUGCGCCACGUGCUCUCCACACUCGGUGAGCGCCCGAGCCAGGAGGGGGUGGACGCGCUCCUAGCUGGGCACGAGGACGCCAACGGCUGCAUCAACUACGAAGCCUUCGUCAAACACAUCCUGUCUGGCUGAGCAGG